AUAAAAGCUAGAGAAGUAAACACCGUUAGGGUUUGAGAAAGUGGUCGUCUCGGCGAUAGAGCGUUGCAACCCUAAUCGGAAGGCGCGCAGCUCCAUUCACAGUCACCAACCAUGGGUCGUAUGCAUAGCCGUGGUAAGGGUAUAUCCUCUUCUGCUUUGCCCUACAAGAGGACACCUCCAAGCUGGCUUAAGAUCUCUUCGCAAGAUGUCGAAGAAAAUAUCUGCAAGUUUGCGAAGAAGGGUUUGACCCCAUCUCAGAUUGGUGUCAUUCUUCGUGACUCUCACGGUAUUGCUCAGGUUAAAAGCGUCACUGGAAAUAAAAUCCUUCGCAUCCUCAAAGCUCAUGGACUUGCACCUGAAAUUCCAGAGGAUCUCUACCAUUUGAUAAAGAAGGCAGUUUCAAUUAGGAAGCAUUUGGAGAGGAACAGAAAGGACAAGGACUCCAAGUUCAGGUUGAUUCUUGUGGAGAGCAGAAUCCACCGUCUUGCUCGCUACUAUAAGAAGACUAAGAAGCUUCCACCAGUCUGGAAGUAUGAAUCAACAACUGCUAGCACUCUGGUUGCCUAGAGAAUGUAUCCACUUCCGUUCAUUUUGUUGCUUUGUGGUCGCUGGUCGCUGUUGAGCUAGUAAUUUGCAGUAUCGUUUGUUUGUUUGAAGGCUAGAUAGGUAAUGUGGUCUUAGUUUUGUUAAGAACCUAUGGUUAGAUGGAGAAAGAUUCUUGAACUAGUUUAGUCAAUUUAUCAAUGUGGUGUUCUUUUAACUGUUGGAAAAUGAGCUGUUGUCACUUGAAGACAUGGCUGACUGCAGUUUUUGGUUUUAAGAAAUAUAAAUGUUGAGAAUUUUUUAA